ACAUGAACAGACACAUGUGGGCAUAAGGUCUCUGAUGGGUGUGACCGGUCUUGCGUCUUAUGUGCAACAACUGCAGCCUUCUCCCGGUGAACAUUUGGAAUGGCAACUAGGACCUGCAAGUGUGGACAAGGAAGACGCUUCACAGGUCGUUUUUGUUGACGGACAUGCCUACGCGCAUCAUGUUGCCAAGGAGAUCAGCUGGGCGCAAGGAGCUCGUCCCCAUUUGUUAGCCAAAGUCCUUGGCAAGCAAGUUGAAAUCUUCAAGCGAGCUGGCUUUCGGUUGACCUUUGUCUUCGAUGGAGUCCUCCCUGUGCAUAAGAUUGAUGAACGUAUCGGUCGAGAUGCCGAAAAGAUAUCACGAAUCAGCACAGUCAUGGCCGAGGUAGUCAAACGACGAGCGUUGGGUGCCAUAUCCGCUACCUCUUCACCGGUAGCUGCUACCCUCUUACCACCUCUUGCCAUUCCGGCAUUAAUGAAUCAACUCCGCGAAAUGGAUAUCCCCAUCAUCGUUCCGCAAAGGGAAGCGGAUGUAGCCCUUGCUCAGAUGGCUCGCACUCAGUCAGCUCCAGUUAUCAGCCUCGAUAGCGACUUUUUUGUUCAUCUGCUUGAAGAUCCCGACCGUUGUUCGCAAGAGGAAGUUUCCUCGUCCAGUCGGCCCCUCCUUGGCUACAUUCCUUUGAACACCCUGCGUGUCAACGAAGACGUCCUGCAUGCUCAGCUUUUUCGCCGCCCAAGAGUUGCAGAAUCACUUGGAGUUUGCCCGAGUUUGCUGCCGGCGUUGGCUGCCUUGGUCGGCUGUGAUUACACCUCUCGUCGCGAUCGUGCCAGUGCUAUGCAAGAGAUCCUUGGCGCGAAGAAGGGACAUGCACGGAUAAAGCAUGUGGUGAAACUGUUGAGCGGACUGAAUGAUCUAGCCGACCCAUUGGCUGCCAUUGAUAUGUUGAUGUCCAGACAUGUCCCUGCCGGGUCGGCGAUAGAGGUCGGCGCGGAAUUGAAGUUCGCGGUGGCGCAAUAUAUUGGGUUGAAUGAGAAAACACUCCCGAUUCCGCCAGCAGCGUCAGCUACCAUUACCAUGCUGUAUCGCACAGGAGGGUUUAAUCAUAAACUAGUGGAGGUAGCCACCCAGCGCAUAUUCUGGUGCUCGCCUUUUUUGGAAGACAUUGGGCGGGCCGCUGCAUGGGAAGUAGCACGCCCUCUACGGAGAUGGGCCUAUGCGUUGAUCAGUUGGUCUACGGAGCAAAGCAGAGAAAAUCAACCGGAUAGCAAGUCGCUUUGGGAAGGCUUACCAGUCGACGAGCAGUUAUGGGUAGAUUACGUGAGAGGUAACCUCUUGGUCAAGGAAUACCUUCGACGUGGAGAACGACUGGUUGCAGAGAACGUAAAACCUGUUGCGUGGGAUGAGUUGAAAACUCUGUCAAUCAGCGUAACCGGCAGCGACUCGAAACACACUCUAUUGAGCCUGUCUGAUUCGGCACGGGAAGCGAUGCAUUUACGUAUCCUCAAAUCCGACACCGACAAGAUACGAUCUUUGCCUGUAGGAAUUCGUCCCCUUGCUAUCAGCGUGCGUAGCAUGAUCUCAGAAUUAUCCGCUCGAGGGCAACCCCUAGCCAAUUACGAACUGGUUGCACUGGUCAGCGCAGGGCUCGUGUCAUAUUCCCGGGCUCAGAGCGAAUCGAAUUUGCCAAUGCCCACCACCAACAUGGCUACCGGAGCCGCAUCAACCCCUCUCACAUUACACCGGUUGGCUCAAAUGGAAGUCUUUCUUUUUUCCUCUCUGAUUCUCGCACAAUCCUUAUUACAUCCACUGAUUCACCACAACGAUUUUUUAACUGGACAUUGGACCUGUUUGGACGGCCAGGAGUUUCAUCGAUGCAUAGAGUUGGCGAAGGGUGGUGCGGAGCAUGUGCGAUUACUUUGUGGUGAUGGCCAUGAGCAGGCCGAUGAGCAGAGACUUGGGCUCUAUAGGCAAGUUUUUGAGGCCGUCGUGGAGGGAUUAGAGGACUGUGUGGAAAGAGUUAUGAGCUAUGGCGGCGUGAGUGGCAAGAAGAAAAAGAAGAGAAUAAAGACCAAAGGGAAUGAGAAGACUGUUGGCCAAGGAGGCCUGAGAGCUAGUAGUAAUUUAUUUGAUGUAUUAUCUUCCGGGUGUAGUUUUUAGUUACGGAGCGGUGGAUAUGAUUACGACUCGUCCGCUACUGGACUUUUUGAUUUAGCGUUAGUUUUGUGUACAUAUGUUUUUUGAGGCUUGGUGCUGAUUUGGGCUGCCACAUAUUUCAUAUAUAUUUACGUGUACUAUUUGAAGGAUAGUUUUUGUGCCAUUGCAUUGUUUAAUUGAGU